UCGGAAAACAAAUCACAAAGGAGAAACUAUACAUGUUUGAUUCACGCCAAAGAGAAUAUAAAAAGAGUAAUAAAAUAUUAAUAUUUUCUCUGGUGUAAGAUUGCCUUUACAAAAGUUGUUUACGUUAUUUUAUAUUUAUUAAAAUGAAUUCCUGGAGUCAUGAAAGUUAUAACAUUGAGAUGAAUCAAAUGGUAUCUCCGUUAGUACCUCCAAUGUGUUUAAUGCCUCAUAAUAUGAAUAUGCCUCCAAUGAACCCGUCACCGAAUGCACAUGUGACUCUCAUAGGUCCUGAAGAUAUGAACAUCGAGGCCGAAGAUUUGCCUAAUGAUCCAAAUAAUCAGGAUCGAGACGUUCAAACAAGUCAACUGGACGAUGUAUCUAGUACACAGAAUCAAAAAAGACGGUCUCGGGAACGUUCUACUUAUAAUAGUCGUCGUGAUAAAGAUAGGAGUGCUUCUGAUCGAAGGCGGCGUUCACGAUCACGGGAUCGUCGUGACAGAUAUUCCAGAAAUGAUAGGAAUGACAGGAAUAGACAGAGAAAUGAUGAGAGAGAUAGACGCACUAAAUGGGAAAAUGCUGAUAAUGGUGCAGGACAAGGGGUUCUUCUUGGAAAUAACAUGGGAAAUAUGAGUAUGGGGCUUAUGCCAGGUAUGAAUAUGAUGCAGUAUCCAAAUAUGCUGAAUAAUAUGAUGGGACAGCAAUCAAUAGAUGGGUCUCAGGUGCAAAUGGUCCCAAACAUGAACAUGAUGGGCAACAUAAUGCCUCAUAUGAUGGACCAGAAUAUGAUGAUGAUGAAUCAGCAGAUGAUACCUGCGAUGAUGGCUAAUCAGCAAAUGUUUAUUAGCAAUGGUGUUCUUUUACCACCUAUACCCGGUGUUUCCUUACGACAAAGACGAGAUAAGCCUAAAGGGUGUCGUACAAUUUUUGUGGGAGGGCUCCCAUCAAAUGUUACGCAUGAUAUGUUGAAUGAAAUUUUCCAAAGGUUUGGUAUCAUACAAGAUAUAAAGUCACCUAAAACUGGAGUCUAUUAUAUUCGGUUUGAACGACAAGAGAGUGUGGAGCCAUCAUUCUUUCUUUCUGGAUUUAGAUUUAAAUAUCACGACCAAACUGAAAAUGAAGCUACCACAUUAGUUAUUGAUUAUGCAAUGAACCGCGAAGAUCAGAAUGAAUUUGAAAAACACCAACGAAAAAGAGAGCCAACUCCUCCUCGUGUUGAACCUUUUACGGCAACUGCUUUGUCAAAUAUAACAGAGAAGAUUAAAAGUGAGUCAGAAUUUGCAACUGCUGCAAAUACUUUAGCAGUUUGGUUGGAACGUGGUGAGUGUAACAAGAAGUAUGCGAAUUCAUUCUAUUCGCUAAUUCAAGCCAGCAACAAUCAAAUUCGACGAUUAUUUAAUGAGAAAAUGCAACUUGAUGACGAGUUCCUGAGCAUGAAGAAUACUAUCAAAGACAAGUUUUCACAUGUUGUGAUGCAAUUCGAGCAGGUAGCCAAAAUAUUGUCGGCGGCAAAACAUCAACGCGUGUCGGACCAUUUCACGAAACAGCAGCGUCGGAACAUCGAGAUGUGGCUCAAAAUGACCGAGGAGGUAGAAAAUAUAAAGGAAGAAUUUAAUGCAAUCUUUGAAGAUGAAGAAAUGGAGAAAUUAGGCAAGAAUGUAGUGGCUUUGGAGCGAUAUGAAGAGUUGAAGAGAGAAAACGAAAACUUAACAUACGAAUUAGAAGGUUACAAAAAUGAAGCACAUCUUGCUAAAGACGAAGCUGAGAGAAAAUUUGAGAAGUUCAAGGCCCAUUUUAUCGCUCAACAAGCCUUACAGAACAAACAGGUUUACCCGCCGUUACCAUCUCAUCAUAAGGUGGAGCCAACAUUAACAACAUCCGUGAAGCCGUUACCACCACCUCCAACGCCGGAUGACGACAAAGUUGUCGUUACUGGUCCAUCGGUACCACCGUCUGAAGCUAAACUCAUAAGCAUAUUGACGGCUUUUUUAAUGGUCCAUCCUUUAGGAGCAUCAUUAGAUUAUCUUGUUUCCUAUGUGAGGUCUAUGACACCAAAUGUAACACAAGCUACUGUACUGGCAACAUUACAAAAAUACGUCGAUAUUUUUCAUUGUAAAACUACUGGCGUCGGUGCUUGUAUUGAACAUAGAUGGUCAUUUAUAACAUUUGAAACAAUUAAA